AUCUAUUCUGUUUUCACUGUCAAGUUUUCAUAAAUUUCAAAAAUAUAAAAUACGUUAUUUUAGUAAAUUCUCAGAACAAUAGAACAAACGUGUUAAAAUUGGCUCUGGUAAAAAAAUUAAGUUUUCAAGGAAAUGAAGUUCGAUAAGGCAGUAGCAACGCGUGAAUUUGAAUGGAAAAUACAUAAUUUUAGACGAGAUAUUGUUCUGCCAAUGAAGGAAGAUAGAUAUCUUGCAAGCAGGAAAAUUACAAUUGUACUUGGAAACAAUGAAACUAAAUGGAGUUUGCGGUUUUAUGUUAAAAGUAAGGAAAUCUCAUUGCUACUUCGACUGGAUGAUGCUGAAUGUCGAGAUUUUAAAGCCAGAUUUUCGUGCUUUAUUCCUGAAAAAGCAAUAAAUUACAGUCGAAAACUUCCAGUAAAUGAUUUUUCGGAAAAACAUGCUUUAUAUUACGAAAAUACAAUAUCUCGAUUAAGACUGAUUAAUUUGGAAGAGCUAUUUGAUGAUCCAACAAAUUAUUUCAUUGAAUAUGAUACAUUGACAGUUAAGAUAAAGAUUGAACUUAUUAGUGGAUUUAAAUUACAAGACAAUGAAUGCUUAGAAUGCACAUCCAGUACCAGAGACUUCUUUUUUCAAUUUCGUAAGCUUUUCGAGGACAAGAUUUUUACUGAUUUCACCAUCAUUUGUUCUGAUGGCAAGGAAAUUCAAACACAUCGCUGUAUCUUGGCUACAAACUCACCUGUUUUGAGUGCUAUGCUACAAACUCAAAUGACUGAAUCGAAAAAUGGCAAAAUGAAAGUUGACGACAUAAAAGGAGAAGUUAUGGAAGAAAUAUUAAAGUUUAUGUAUACCCAAGAUGAUACUUCUUUAUCACUUGUGCGUUUAAAAGACAUUUAUUAUGGAGCUGAAAAAUAUCAAAUUGCUAAAUUAAAGGAAAAGUGUAUUUCCUAUAUGGUUGAAUUUAUGAACGUAAAAAAUGUUCUUCAUUACCUUAUGCUGGCUGAAUUUUACAAUGACAAUUAUUUGAUUCUACGAUGCGUUAUGUUUAUUAAUGCACAUCACCAAGAAGUUCGCAAGAAUAAAUGUUGGGAUAAAUUAAGCAAAAAUCAAUUGGAUAUAAUCAAAGAAUUCAUGAAGGAAAAUGAAUCGAAUGUUCAGCUCUAUGAAUCGACUUUAUGACUAUAGGAAACCUUAAAGAUUGCUAAUGUCCACAGGAUCCUGAAAAUCCACGAAGAAAACGACCCAUCUGCACAUAUUUAUGCUGCAGAAAAACUGCUAUGUAAAAUUGAAAAAAUAUUAAAUGCUCACGUUAAAUAUAAUGCUAAUGAUGUUGUAUCAAAGGAAGAAAUUGUGCAACUAAAGAAUCAUAUGAACAUCCUUCAAUCAAUGAAGACAACCGUUAAGGAUGUUCCCAACAAUGCUGAAUCAAAGAAUCAAAAAGUUGAAGAUUUCAACAAGAAUCUUAUGCAAAUUGUCGAAUUUAUUGAAUCUACAAGUGCUAAAUUAAAUGAAACACAAAUUAGUAUUAUUAAAGAUUCAUCUGAUAUCCUGAAUUAAUUAUGAAAUAAAUAAAAUUAAAGCUUGUUAUAUUUUGGAGAAAAAAAUCUUUUAUUUGUCAAAUAAUUUUCUUCUUGAAAUUCAUUUCUUACAAAACUAUUAUCAAUUCAUUUUUAGUAAGUUCAAUAAGGAGGCAUAAAGGAUCAAUAAGUGUUUAAAGUUAUCGAAAAUGAAUUUGUUGCAGAAAAUUUUCAUAGUAAAGUUUAUUUAAUGUCAAAUGAUUAUUUUUCUGUCUUAAGAAGCUCCUAAAAGUUGUUUUAAGCCUUUUUUGCUUUAAGAGUAUAGAAUUGUGAUAUUUAAAACUCUCAUCUUUUGUUUAAAUAGAGUUACAAAGCUAUGAAUUUUGUCAUUCGGAUUCAUUGUUGUGUAUGAUUUUUUGGACAGAAUAGCGAUUUUCGUGUACCUUUAAUGUAAUAUAUUUACAAAUUCUUUAAUAAUUCAUUCAAUGUAUUAGCCGAGAAGCAAUUAAAUUAAAAUAAAUGAGCAAAAAUGGGUUGAGUUUGAAUUUUCUAUAGUGUCACGUAAUUGGUUCUUAAUAUAGUUUAGAUAUUAAAAUUAAUUAGAGUCAGUUGUUCAAUUUUGAGCACAAUAACAAAGUAGAUCAGUUUUCAACGUAUAAAUUAAGUUUGAAAAUAUAGUAGAUCUUUUUUUGAAUUUCAAAAAUCCGUUAAAGUUUAAAUUGUUAAAAACAGUUGAUAUGAGAUUGAAUCUCAACAUAAUUCCUUUCAAGUACUGACUCUAAAAAUAGCAUAAUGUUUACAUAAAUCACCAGUAAAGUGAGUAAAGCAGAAUAUAAGGAACCACGUGACGCUAUAGCUGAAUUUCGAAUUUUCCAUGAAAAUAUUUUAACACAUAAAAAACUCAACAUAAAUUUUUAUAUCACGAUAAUUCGAUAACUUAUUCAUUCUCAUUAUUAUUGUUUUAUGAGCAACAUAAAAAGGCUUCAGAUUUAAAUAAAAAUGCAUGAAUAAGGAGAAAAAUAUGUUUAACGAUGCAAAUAAGAACAAUUCAACAGCGAUUUGGGAUAAAAUCAAAUAAAUACAAGAUUUAUGCAAACGUGGCAUGAAAAUGAAAUAUAGAAUAUUUUUUCUACAUACUAUUUACAAAUAUUUGUUUUUAGCAAGGAGAAAUGAAUGAGUUGAAUGCGCAUUAAAACUAUUCUGUUUCAUAAUUUUUAGUUCUCAAAGACGUUUAGAGCAGAAAAGGAUAGUUAAAGAUUUUUGUUUGGAUUUAUACAUCAAGUAUAGCAAUAUAUUUUUUUUUCUUGAUCCUUCCUACAUUCUCACACAUCACCUUCACAUCGCUCAUAUUGUGCUUCAUAUUAAUCUUAAGUUUUUCACUCAUCAUCUUUCAAGUCUUAUUUUUAUUUAAUUUUUUUUUUGUUAUUAAUUUUGUCUAUGAAGAAAAUGGAAUCGUUAAAAACUUCUCUUUUUUUGGACGUGCUUGAUCUAAAAUGAAACUUUUUUUCUGGACGAUUCAUGAUUAAUUUCUUUUUUUAUUACUUUGUAAUGCAUUUUUGUCACCAACGAACCAUCACUCUAAAAAUAAGAAUUUAUUCAGCACAUUAUGCAUUUGACAUGUCCAUCAAAUGUGGCUACAAUAAUUUUUAUUUACUUUCUAUUGGGCAGGAGUCACAACACUAUUUUUGGAUGGAGACAGGACGUGAAUUUUUUAAAUUUUAUUUUUAUUUUUUUUGACAUUUUUCUUUAAAUUCUCUUUAAAUUUACUUUAGAUUAUUUUAAUGAAUAAUUUAAGAGGAAAUUAAGAAAUGGGAUUCCUAUAAGAUUCUGUUUCUAAACAUUUCCUUGUCUAUACGGUCGAAAAAUUGAUUAAGAUAUAAUAUUUGUUUAGGACUUUCUUUAAAAUGAAUUUAAUGUCUAUUUGGAUAUUAUUAAAUAUUAUCUAUUCAAUGAGCAAUUCUAAUUGCUUCAAUUUUUUUCAUCUCUUCAUACCAUCUGCUUUGUUUAUAAUUUUUCAUAUUUUUUAUACUCUUUUUAUUAAAUAAAUUAAGGACUAGAAAACAAUUUCAUCAUAAUGAUUUUUCGCGUUUUAAUUUCAUUCUUGUGAAUUAUAAAAAAAUUGGAAUAAAAUUUCUCAUACUUUUGGGGUUAGUUCUUCGUUCACAACCUCAAAGUUUUCGUGUCUUCUUUGGACAGAGUUAAGGUUUAUAAUGAUUCAGGUCAUCAAUCAAUAAAGUUUUUGCAUGCAAAUUCGAUUUAAGCUGUUUAAAGUGAUAGCAGGAAAAUGAGAAAGUUCAGCUAAUGUCAAGUAUAUCCUCUGGUAUCAAAAAAGAAUACUUUGAUUAUAAGUAAUGUGCCGUAGUAAGAUUAAUUCUAAACCUAUCUGAAUCUAUAUAUUGAAACAUCUAGAAGGACAGAACAUCAUCCGUUGCACUAACAUGAUUUAUCUUAAUCUGAACUUAGUUUGAAAAUUCUUGACUUUGUCAUCUAUUUUGAAGUUAGCUGUAAAAUCCUUAAUCAACUCUUUUUUGCCGUUAAAUAAUUAAAACAAUGUAAAAGAAUGUCCUAAGUCUUUCUGAAAAAUAUUUCGUCAGUUUAGGAAUCUCGUCUGGCAGCCUUACAAUCUAGCUUGAUGUAGUAAAGCUCAAACAAACCAUAUCAUAAACUAGUAACAUGAACAUUAAUCUGAGUACAGCUCGAGUCAAAAAUUUUCAUGUCUAGAAUCUGGAUAUUUAUCAACUUUGUCACAAAGAAUGCACGAAAACUAAAUGAUUUAGUCAAGAACUUCCCGUCCAUAUGAAUGUCUAUCUCUCAAUGAAAUGCAUUAAAAUUUAUAAUAAAGGAAAAAUUUACAAAUCAUUUUAAAAACUAAUUAUUACCUUUAAAAUCACAUUAA